AUGGAUUCCUUCGCAGCGAAAAUUCCAAACACCCUUUUGCUAGCCUUGGCUGCAAUUGGGUUCUUUUCCGCCUCCAGCAAAAUCAUCAGUUACGCCCGCUUGCUCCUGAGUUUGUUCGUUCUCGGUGGGAAGAAUCUUCGAACAUACGGCAAGAAGGGAAGCUGGGCAGUCAUUACAGGUGCUUCUGACGGUAUCGGAAAAGAAUACGCCAUUCAGCUCGCGCAGAAGGGGUUCAAUCUUGUCCUCGUGUCCCGUACCGAAACCAAGCUCCAGACCCUCGCCCAAGAAAUCGAACAGAAAUAUGUUGGGUCACAAGUAAAAUGCAAGAUUCUGGCAAUGGACUUUUCGAAGAACGACGAUGGGGAUUAUGCCAGGCUGAAGGCAUUGGUCGACGGGCUCGACGUUGCAAUCUUACUCAACAAUGUCGGACAAAGCCAUAGUGUUCCAGUGCCAUUUUUGCAGACGCCGCAGCAGGAGAUGAAGGAUAUCAUUGGCAUCAAUUGCUUGGCCACGUUGAGAGUUACACAAAUUGUUGCGCCAGGAAUGGUACAAAGGAAGCGCGGCUUGAUCAUGACUAUGGGUUCCAUGGGUGGCUGGAUGCCAACUCCUCUUCUCGCAACCUACUCCGGAAGCAAAGCCUUCUUGCAACACUGGUCUGCUGCUCUUUCCAGCGAGCUUAGUGGCACUGGUGUUGAUGUUGAGCUGGUACUAAGCUAUCUGGUUGUUUCAGCAAUGAGCAAGGUCCGCAAACCUACAGCUCUGAUUCCGCGUCCCAGACCAUUUGUCAAGAAUGUGUUGAACAAGAUUGGCAGAAGUGGUGGUGCACAGAACUUUGCUGCUACACGUACGCCGUAUUGGAGUCAUGCCCUCUUGCAGUGGUGGGUUGAGAAUACAGUUGGAAUUGGGAGUGCUGUUGGACUGGCUAUCAAUAAGAAAAUGCAUAUGGAUAUCAGGGUUCGAGCGCUGAAAAAGGCUGAGCGUGAGGCUAAAAAGGCCUAA